AUGGGUUCUAACUGUGAAGAGAUUAAUGGUGAAGAAAAUGAUCCAUGCCUAUCUGCUAUGCUUCUAAGCUUCGGCCCAAUGGUUUACACUGCUGUGUUGAAUGCUGCCAUUGAGCUCAACUUGUUCGAGAUCAUUGCUAAAGCAACAACAACAACCACAGCCCCAUUUGGCGUUUCAGCUUCUGAGAUUGCUUCUCGGCUUCCAAUUCAGCACAAAAAACUGGCCCAAAGGCUUGAUCGCAUGCUGUCUGUUCUUGGAAGUCACUCUCUUCUCACUUGCUCUACACUCACAAAUCAAGAUGGUAAGGUCCAAAGACUCUUUCAGCUUUCAGCUUCCGGAAAGUACUUCAUCAAUGCAGAAGCCACUGCUUCUUUGGCCUUGUUCACAACGUUUAUGAAUCAUCCAAAGCUUGUUCAGGCAUUCCUUAAUUUCAAGGAGAUACUUCUUGACUGUGAUAAGGGCCUAUACAUGAAAGUUCAUGGAAUGCCUAUUUUUGAAGGCAUACAAUCUGAUCCAACAUGGAAUCAUAUCUUCAAUGAAGCAAUGGCCAAUAUAUGCAGAAUAGAGAUGACAAAGAUACUUGAAAUAUACAGUGGAUUUGAAGGAAUAUCACUGCUUAUUGAUGUGGGAGGAGGAGUAGGGCAAAGUUUGAAUAUCAUAAUCUCUAAGUAUCCUUCCAUAAAGGGUGUCAACUUUGAUCUUCCACAAGUAAUACAACAAGCUCCACCUUAUCCAGGAAUUGAACAUGUUGAAGGAGACAUGUUUGAAAGUGUUCCAAAAGGUGAUGCCAUACUAUUGAAGGGCAUAUUGCACAAUUGGUCGGAUGAAAAUUGUUUGAAAGUUCUAAAUAAUUGCUACAAAGCAUUGCCAGAAAAUGGAAAGGUGGUUGUUGUAGAUUUCAUAAUGCCUGAAGCAAUUGGUUCUUCUGAAGCAGAUAAGAUGGUUACUAGCUUUGAUAACCUGAUGUUUCUUGAUGGAGGAAGUGAAAGAACAGAAAAAGAGUUUAUGAAUUUAUGCCAAAUUUCUGAAUUUUCUUCUUUCAGAGUUGUUUCUCGUGCCUUUACUGCUCUUGGAGUAAUGGAAUUUUAUAAAUAA